AUGGCGAAGGGCGACAAGGAACCGAAGGAGCCCCCGACCCCUGGGUAUGAGUACAACUGGGAGAACCUCGGGAAGUUGCUGACGUACACGGUCCUGUUGUGGGCGUUUUGCGGCGGGUUCUUCGCGUCUUUGCUCUCGAUCGCGACGGAGAUGCGACACUACUCGUACCGACACUUGCCGCCGAAAUACUUGGGCAACUUUGCCUACUACAACAACGACGCAGAAAAGAUCGUGCCGACGACGUCGCCGAAGCUCAUGCCGUGGGUGAAGGCGAUCAUGUGCAACAGCAACAGCAACGACUUGACGUGUGUUCCGACGGGCACACCUGUCGCGAGCAACCCUCUCGGCUACCCGGAAACAGCAUCGUGCGGGACUGUGUGCACCAACUCUUAA